CGUCAGCGUACGGUUGCCCCGGCGGCCAUUUUGCGUUCGGGCAAGGUCAGUCGUUCAGCCUCUGGCCAUUUUGGAUAGGGGAGAAGAAGCUCGUGCUCGGCAGCCAUCUUACUUGGGGGCAGCGGAGCCGUUAGAACCGUUGGAGGCAGGCGCGGCACCGGCAGGAGGUGCCCACCUCUCCCCACACAUGGUAAAGACACCCAAAAUGGGCAUUGUAUGAAUAGUUUGCAGCUGUUGUGUUAGAAGCUGCUGUCUUCAAGUGGGCAUGUGUGGCAGGAUAUUUCAGAUCCUCAUCCCUGCUGGGUUCACAUUCCCUCACCACAGGAAGCUAUUUCUUUACUAAGGACCAGCUUACACUGAUCGAUCAUGGCAUCCAACAAAUUUGUCAUUAAAGAGGUCUGCAUGCUGCUAGAAGAAGUUGUUGCUUCAAGGGUCAAACACUACUUGGAAGCACCUAAACAACGUGGUCAAUGGAAAUCAAUGGAACAUGCAACAUCUGGUCCUUUGUUUCUUACCGCCAGCAGUUUUCACAUUACUGCCUACUUUAUGAAGAGAUGGGUUAAUCUCCGUUGUGCUGUAGGGAAACAUUAUCGUGAGCUACGUGUGUUUCCAGACAGAUUUAUAGUUUGUGUCAGUAAACUUGAAUCUAAUCCAAGUGCUUGGACAUGUGAAAGUGGUGUAUUGAAAGAAGAACUUUCCAAUGGGACGUCUGAAUAUUUUACUGAAUCUGCUGAGAACAAGAAGCCUAAGAUUAGUUGGAAUGAACAAAUAAAGCAAGACAUCUUGAAAGAAAUUGUGAAAAGGACAAAAACAAGGAGAAGGAGCACAAGCAAACUUCAAAUCAGGAAGGACUCCAAGGAAGUGUAUCUUGGCUCAGUGGACUCUGAGACAGGGAACAGAAAGAACGACUGUCAAACUUCUCUCAGUCCUCCAUCUGAAGUGAAAUGUAGGAGUAGAGGACUGCUGAAGGACUGCAUAAAUACAGCUGAAAGCAGCUUGGAGCUUCCUGGCUUAGAGCUGGAAAAUUAUGUUAAUCAGAGACAGCCAGAUGAUGUUAGCAGCCAGCAAAAACCUCACUCUGUGGAGUGGUUGAAGUUGAGCCUUCUAAGGGAGAACCCUCCUUGUAGCUCUGAGUCAGCACUGCUAGGUCCAAAACAAAGUCAAAGAGUGACCAAAACACAGGAUCAACAAAAGAUCUGUGGUGCAGGAGAAAAGUUAGAGCAUUUCAAAAAAGUAUCCUCUGAAGGAACUCCUUUAAUUCCUAGCAAUACAGAAAUGAGUAAGCACAAUGGUGAUUGUUUAGGUCUGUUACUGGAGGAGAAGACCCCACUUAAUUCCAGGUUGUUUUCUGAACAAGACAUAACAAAGACAGCAUCUGAUGAGGUGCCACUAACUUUGGGAAAAAACCUCUCCCGGCCUCUUUCUGUGAGGAACAGUAUAGUGCAGACAAGCCAAAAUGAGCCAAAGACAACCACCGAAGAAUUGUCUGUGAUGCCAUCAUCUCAUUUGGAACUGCAGCCUGUGUCUUCAGAGAAGCUUAUCCAAAAGAGAAAAAAAGAAGUUGAAAAUGGCCUCAGGAAGUUAAAACUGCGAAGGCUGAAGAAGUCAUAAAAUCAAGUCUGAAUUAUUACCUUGGUGGCAUGGGUGGAUGGCCACGUUUGUGUUCAGAAGCAUAUGCAAAAAUUAGGAAACUCUUCAAAAUAAUGAAAGAUAAUAAAAAUACAAAGUUAAAAUUAGAGAAAACUUUUUAAGAAAAUUUUGUUAGCGAAGUAUCUUAGUAUCUUAGGCAUUUGAAACUGUAGUGAAGAUAAUUCUGUUAAGUCUUUUAAAAUUAGAGUUUAAUAAUGUACAAACCAGGGUGGUAUUUAUAGCAAGAAAAAUAUCUUAUAAUAUUUAGUAAGCAAAAUUUUAGAUCUAUGUGUGUUUUAGUGCUACUAAAAAGUCCUAUCAGCUGAUGACAGCAACUGUUAAAACCACUUUUGUGAUCUGUUAGCAGCUGCAGUUGUCCAGUGUUAUGUUUCUGAACACAUAGUUUAUUUUAGUAAUAAUUAAUCCUUUCUGUGUUAGGAAGUUCAUGCUUUAUUCACAUGAUCUUUACAGCAGUAAGGCAAAUUGAGGUUAUUUCAAAUAAAUCUUUAACCAGGAUUUAACAUUGUUGAUAAUUUAAAGCCCACCUUUUCCGUGGGGUUUCAAAAUCACUGUGGCUUCUGCUUGGGCAGUUUUGAUAACAAACACUUAUUUCUAACUCAUGUUGUAGAUACAAGUGAUGAUGCAUUCAGUCUUUGGAAGAAUGAAGAUUGGUUUUAUACAGUCACCUGGACAUGCAAACAUUGCUGCUGGGAGAAGUUCAGACAUAAACAUGCAUACGCAUCUUCGGGCAGUCGUUUUUCAAAAUCAGGCCUUGUUUGUGUGCAAGGACAACACACUUUUUUCCAGGUAUUAGCAAUGCCCGAGUAAUUUGUUAUUUUAAGAUAGAGAUAAUUUUUAAUUGCACACUGCUUUUCCAUACCACUUUUAUAACUUAUGUGCUAAUGAGCUAAGGAAAUGCAGCUUUUAAUUCAUGCUUAUCUUUUUAAAAUUUUAAAAUAAAAUUAUAAGCGCAUUUCUUUCAUAA